GCCCUCCCAACGGAAAGUAUUGCUUCCGGGUGAGACGAGGCGACCUCUCUUCCCGUGACGCUGGCCUCUUCCUUUCCGGUGCUGAUUGCCGCCUGCGAGGACACUCGAAAAUGGCACCUCGUAAGGGCAAGGAAAAGAAGGAAGAGCAGGUCAUCAGUUUGGGACCCCAGGUUGCUGAAGGAGAGAAUGUGUUUGGAGUCUGCCACAUCUUUGCUUCCUUCAAUGACACUUUUGUUCACGUAACUGAUCUGUCUGGCAAAGAAACAAUCUGUCGGGUCACUGGUGGGAUGAAAGUGAAGGCUGACAGAGAUGAGUCUUCUCCUUAUGCGGCCAUGUUGGCUGCCCAGGAUGUGGCCCAAAGGUGCAAGGAGCUGGGGAUCACUGCCCUUCACAUCAAGCUAAGGGCGACAGGAGGAAACAGAACAAAGACUCCUGGACCCGGAGCCCAGUCUGCCCUCAGGGCUUUGGCUCGAUCUGGCAUGAAAAUUGGUCGCAUUGAGGAUGUAACCCCCAUUCCUUCAGACAGCACCCGCAGAAAGGGCGGUCGCCGUGGUCGUCGUCUGUAAACAGGAGCUGUUAUCUUUCAUCAUUAAAGAUUUCCAAUAAA